AUAAAAUUGUUGCCGGUAAAAAAUGUGUUGGGCUUUUGUUGAUGCAUUGUAGAAAAACUCUACAUAGUUACAUAGCUAGAGUACAUUUACACGAACAAUUUGUCAUAAUUAUAUUAUAGUUUUUCAAAUUACACUGAGCUUCCAAAAACCUUUAUUAAGAAAAAAAAAAAAAUUCUGAUCAGGUGUGCGACACAUACACACACAUAUACAUACUAUAUUACAUUAUUUACACAUAGUAUGUGUAAUAAAAUAAAAACGUGAAUCCUACUGGGGCGGCGAAAAAUAGGGGAACAAGAGUGGGGGACGAUGGGAAUCUUCGCUGUAAUGAUGAGGAGGCCUCGCUUUACCAGUCUGACUACGCGGGGCUUGGAGAACCAAACUCCGAUCCAUCAUAACCAAAAGCACAAAGACUCAUUGCAGCUGCAGCAGAAAUUGAGAGAGAGAAGAGAGACACACAGAGACAUCAUCACCAUCGUCGUCUCUCUCUCUCCCUCCACCCACGCACCCACCCACCUUCCCACCCUAAUAACCUAUAUAUUCUGCAACAUUAUAUAUAUUAUUAGGUUUUUAACCAUCUUUUCUGCUGCUGCUCAAAAUCCCUCGGUUUCGGUUCUCUUCCCCAAUUAUUCCAUCUUUUCAUCACCACAGCUUUGGGAUUGAAUGAAUCAGGUUGAAUGAUUUUUGUUUAUUUGGUUGGAGAGAGAAAGAGUGUGAGACAGAGAUCGUAGGUAGGGCCAUUAGAUCUGCUGAGUUCAUUUGAGAGGAACAUGUACACAAAUUCCAUUCCCCAUAACCUCUCCGAAUCCAACAGGCGAAUGGUCGAUAUCAAUGGCUCAUCUCUCAGACUUUAUCAAGUUUGGAAAGGAAACAAUAUAUUCUUCCUUGGAGGCAGGCUUAUAUUUGGUCCAGAUACCCGGUCCCUAUUCCUUACAAUGUUCCUAAUUCUGACGCCAGUAAUCUUGUUCUGUGCAUUUGUUUCUGAAAGGCUUGUUAACGUAUUCCCGCAUCAUCUAGGCCGUCUUGUUAUGGCUAUAUGUGUCGUCUUCACAGCAUUUACAAUUUUUCUUCUCCUACUCACAUCCGGAAGAGAUCCUGGCAUUGUUCCUCGAAAUCUACACCCUCCGGAACCAGAUGAUGAAGGUGAUACCUCUAGUAUGUCCACAGACUGGGCAGGAAGUCAGAGUGCUGCUCCAAGUUUACCACCUACAAAGGAUGUUGUUGUUAAUGGCAUGAUGGUUAGGAUAAAAUAUUGCCGAACAUGCAUGCUAUAUCGCCCACCACGAUGUUCACAUUGCUCAAUAUGUAAUAAUUGUAUUGAGCGCUUUGAUCACCAUUGCCCAUGGGUAGGGCAAUGUAUUGGGAAGAGGAAUUACCGAUCCUUUUUCAUGUUCGUGUCCUCAACAACUGUCCUGUGCCUAUAUGUUUUUUCAUUCUGCUGCAUAAACAUCAAGAAAUUGAUGGAAGAAUACAAUUGUGAUAUUUGGAAGGCUGUCAUGGAGUCCCCUGUUUCAGGAGUGCUUAUAUUAUAUACAUUUGUGGCUUCUUGGUUUGUUGGAGGUCUCACUACAUUUCAUCUCUACUUAAUUUCCACUAACCAGACAACGUAUGAGAAUUUCCGAUAUCGAUAUGAUGGGAAGAUGAAUCCUUAUAACCUGGGAUGUGGGCGCAAUAUCCGGGAGAUUUUUCUCUCCAAAACACCCAGUUCCAAGAACAACUUCCGGGCUAAGGUGAAGAGUGACUCAUCUUCUAUCUUCAGCACUUCAAUGUCUUUGGCUCCACCUAUAAGCCCAGAGAUGCCCAAGACGAGUUUUGAUAUAGAGAUGGGGAAACGACGAGCUGUUGAUGCAGAGGAGUUUGAAGACAUACAGAGCCAGAUCGAGAGUAUUGGUGGAUUAGAGAGAUGUGGGACCCUGCCAACACACACCAGCUUGAAUCACAAAGGCAGCUGGGAAAUCACACCUGACAUACAUAUGCUGGCUGCCGAGUUUGGAAUGGAACAUGGUGUAAGUGAGAGAGAAGAUUCAUGAAGGUGGUCAUUGUAUUCUGUAUAUAGAAACUCCGGGAUGGCGGGGAAAAGGGUUAUUAUCUUUUGAUCCUGCCUACAAAAUGAGUCACUAACCCAGCUCACGAAAUUGUUUGUUGACAUUGCUCGGAACUGGGCAUAGAUUCUCUCUUGGGAAGAUCUGUUUGUGCUCUAUUUUUGCUCGAGAGAAAGGAAUGGGUUGAUUUCGUCCUGACACGAAAAGGUACAUGUAAGAUGAACUGCUUGUGUCGUUAUUCCGGGGCAAAUGUUGUGGAAGUGUUUUUGUUUUGCUGGGGAUCUGGGCCUUGGUUGAUAAUUCUCGAUUUGUUGGUUACUGCUUGGAGCCUGCAGGAAAAAGGAAAACUGGGAGCCCUGAGUUCUAAUUGAAUCAUUGGUAGUAGAGGAGUUAGAUUAGUAUGGGUUGUGGGAUUUUAGUGCCUUAUGUAUCGAGGACCUGAUUGAUGCUGUUAGAAAAUUGUUAAUAAAAUCUGAGGAAAUUGAACUUUUUUUUGGUGAAAGAGGUUGAUGAACAUUGUUUUUUUCUUUCUUCCGACCAUUGUUGUGAUUGUUUGGAAAUCAUUCAAAGGCAAGAAGGCUGCGGAAGUGCUGUUGAUGCUUCUUGGGGGUAGCUGGUAUCCUAAAUCAGAGAUGGCAAGAAAAUGGAUUUGUUUUUAUAAUUAUGAAAUUACCUUUGUGUAAAUGAUUCUCUUUGUAAUACUCUUUCUUUUGGAGGUGCAUGUGGUCAGAUUUUUAGAUCUGAGGGGGCUAUUUUGGCAGUUGGUUGUAAAGAGAACUGACUUCUUGUCUGCAUGAUGACCCAUUAUAAGAUGAAUCAAAAAACUCUCACCUAAGGUGUUGCAAGAGAAAA